AUGGCAAAUUAUUGGAAAUCCAAGGUUCUUCCGACGAUCAAGAAGGUUUUUGAUAAAAACGGCCCCAAGAAGACCGCUGCAGCGGAAGCUUGCAAGCUCUUCGAUGAGGCUAAGGAGCAAUACGCUAAAGAGUUCGAAGAGAAAAAGACUGAGCUUCAACCCAAAGUUGUCGAAAUCUACGAAGCUUCAUCCACUGAGAUCAAGACUUUGGUGAAGGAACCCAAAGAGGCAGGUCUCAAGAAGCAUUCAGCAGCAGUUCAAAAAUUCCUCGACGAGCUUGCCAAGAUUGAAUUUCCGGGGACGAAACCAGUGUGUGAAGCAGCUUCCAAAGUCGGGCCUGCGUAUCUACCAGGUCCGGUUUUCUUCGUGUUUGAGCAAGUCUCUACUUUUAUAGUCACGGAGGAGAAAAAAGAAAAGGCCGCACCGCCAACUCCGGAGAAAACUGGAGAAGAUACGAGUGGCUGCACAGAGGUGAAAGAGAAGGAUAUUGUUGUGGAAGAAGAGAAGAAAGAAGAAGCACCGGCUGCUGAGGGGGCUGGGCUGGCCGGCGCUUGUACGACUACGGCUGAGCCACCAAAGGUUGAAGAAACACCACCACCUGCUCCAGCAGCAGAGCCGGCAAAGCCUUGA